GCGCUACAAAGAAGAAGACUGCGACAAUGGCUGAUAUUUCUCUGUGUCUCACCAACGCCAGCAUGUCCGCAGGUCGGACAGUGGAUGGGGGGCAGAGUCAGAGCCCACGCCCGGGGAAGGACUUUGAGAGCGUGGAGCUGGGGCCGCUGGAGAAGAGGGACGAGGCUCCGCAGAGGGAGAAGGCUCCCCGCCGGAUCAUCCACUUCUCCAGCGGGGAGACCAUGGAGGAGUACAGCACCGACGAGGAGGAGGGAGAGGAGCGGGAGGCGGAGAGGAAGGACCUGCUGUCACCGCCCGUGGAUGCGGUGAGGUCCAAGAUGACCUGGGGGCCGUAUUUCUGGUUCCACAUGUGGAGAGCUGCCACUUCCACCAUCUCAGCAUGUGAUUAUCUUGGGGAAAGGAUGGCCUCUCUCUUUGGGAUAACAUCCGCCAAGUACCAAUAUGCCAUUGAUGAAUACUACAGGAUCAAGAAAGAGAAAGAGGAGGAGAGGGAGGAAAACCGUCUAUCAGAAGAAGCAGAUCGUUCUUUUGACCAGCUUCGAUCUCAGGAACAGAGGUCCGAACGCGUCGCAGCGAGAGACGGACAGGAGGCGGAAGCGGCUCACCCUGACGUCACCUAUCAGGUGGAGAACGAGAGUCGGGCAAACCCAAACACGUUUACCGUCCCCGUUAUUGUGACGGCAACCUAACGCUCUCUGGGAAAGUUCAUCUAAAUGUCUGUCUGUGUGAAUGAAGGAACACUGUCUUAUUUGGCCAAACCCUUUGGUUCGUGUGUAACAGCUUUCGACGGGCAGCGCUGCUGGAUUUUGGCUAAAUGGCGAGGACGCUGGGGGUUAACUGUGGAAACUGGAAAUCUAACUGCAGGGUAACGUGACGUGUUCAACCUUAGAAUAAAUA